AUGGCUCAUAUAAAAGAUGGGGAGCUCAAUGCCGUUCGGUCGACGGAUGAGUACGGAACUCAGGGCCGAUGCCGAGACCGAGAGAUAGAUGGUGAGGUCUUCUCCGGGAAGAAGGGUGGACAGCAGAGGAGCUCUGCUCAUGUAGGCUUUCAGAUCUUCGAACGUUCGGUCGCAUUCGGAAGUCCAAUCGACCUGCUGUUUGCUCCCUUUGAGAGCUUUGAAGAAAAGGGUGCACCGGUCGGUGGCCUUUGA